UUCAAAAAAAUCGAGAGAUGGCGUCCUGCAUCCCGUGAAUAAUCAAAAAUGAUUAUAAAGAAUUGAUGAAGAGGUCACUCUACCGUAAUGUAUCAUUAUGCUACGACCCCUCAAUUGAAGUAGGCUAAUAAUCGUCAUCUUUCACUGAUAGAAACAGCAUUUCUUUUGGUGCUGUUCUGCAAUAGCCUAUUCGUAUUCCACCUGGCUUUCCCACAUUUAACAGGGGGGUUGGUUCCGCUGCGUUUGUUUCAGCAUCCUCCAACUUCCGCCUCUGCGUGUCCAACGCAAGGAGACAGGGGGAGAAGGGUGAUGGCUGCCGGUGGAGGAUGCGGGGAGACUGUGGAUCAGUACCGGGCGGAGGUGGAGCGGCUUACCCAGGAACUUGCGGAAGCUAACAGAGAGAAGAUAAGGGCGGCAGAAUGCGGUCUUGUUGUGUUGGAUGAGAACCAGACUCUAAAGCACCAGUAUGCCGAUCUGGAAUCGGAACAGGAGACGCUGAAGCAAGAGUUGGAACAAUUACAAGAGGCGUUUGGCCAGGCAUACUCCAACCAGCGUAAGGUGGCGGAGGAUGGCGAGAUCAACGAGGAGUCGCUGCUGCAGGAGUCAGCGUCAAAGGAGGCCUUCUACAUGGGCCAGCUGCUGGAGCUGCAGACGGAUCUGAAGCUGAGCCGCUCCGUGGCGUCCAACGCGUCCAACGAGAGCGAGAGGCUCAACACCGUGCUUCAGGAGCACAAAGAGAGUAAUGAGAUGCUGAAGCUGCAGCGGAGCAGGAUGAGAGAGGAAAUCAGGGAGUAUAAAUUCAGAGAGGCGCGACUCCUACAGGACUACACUGAGCUGGAGGAGGAGAACAUCACCCUGCAAAAACUAGUGUCCACCCUCAAACAGAACCAGGUGGAGUAUGAGGGUCUGAAGCAUGAGAUCAAGGUUCUGGAAGAGGAGACGGUGCUGCUGAACAGCCAGCUGGAGGAUGCUGUGCGUCUGAAGGACAUCUCUCAGUCCCAGCUGGAAGAGGCUCUGGACACCCUGAAAAUUGAGAGGGAGCAGAAGAACAGCCUGAGGAAGGAGCUAGCCCACCACAUCACCCUCAGCGACAGUGUGUACGGGGCCGGAGCCCACCUGGCUCUCACCGCCACUGUCGACGGGCUUAAAUUUGCCACCGAAGAGGUCGGGAGUAAUGGUACAGCCAUGCAUAAUGGAGCCAACGGGAAUGAGGAUAGCAACGGCCACUGUAAUGGACACCUGGGAUUGGCUACGAUGAACGGCGACUACCGGCUGCCCAGGGAGGGGUUGCAUGGUCCUGUGUCUGACCUCUUCAGCGAGCUCAACCUGUCUGAGAUGCAGAAAGUAAAAAAGCAGCUGUUUCAGGUGGAGCGUGAGAAGUCAUGCCUCCUGAUGAACCUGCAGGAGUCCCAGACCCAGCUGCAGCACAUGCAGAGCGCCCUGACGGAGCAACACGAGCACGUCCAACGCCUCACCGAGCGUGUCAACGUCAUGAAGCACCUCCAAAGUGACAAGGAGAUGGCUGAUGCUCAGGAGUCUGAGAAGUCCAACGGGUCGCCCUCGCCCUGUCACCGCGACUACGAAGUGGACAUCCACGGGAUGGACAUCCUGGAGUGUAAGUACAAGGUGGCAGUAACCGAGGUGAUCGACCUGAAGGCGGAGCUAAAAGCCCUGAAGGAGAACUAUAACCAGUGUGUGGAGGGCCAGGGGGAGGAGCGGAGCAGCAGCGAUGGGAAGGACCAGGCUCUGGACGAGCAGGUCAACCGGCUGGAGCAGAGCUGCCACGAUUCCCACGAUAGGGUGGUGUGUUUGGAGGCGGAACUAAAGACGGCGACGGGUGUGGCCUCAGAGAGCCACAGCAUGCUGAACACAGCGCAGGACGAGCUGGUAACAUUCAGCGAGGAGCUGGCCCAGCUCUACCACCACGUGUGUCUCUGCAACAAUGAGACGCCCAACCGCGUCAUGCUGGACUACUACCGCCAGAGCCGUAAUACCCGCAGCAGCAGCCUCAAGGGCUCUGAGGACCCCCGGGCACUCCUCUCCCCCCGCCUGGCUAGACGCCUCGCCGCUAUCAACGCAGGGUUCUCCGAGGCCCCAUGGAGCCCCAUAGACUCGCCCUCCAAAGAACCCCCCAGUGGGGACAACGGGGAAACAGGGAGGGAGUCCCCAGCACCAGGCAGCCAGGGGAGCCCAACCCGCACCCUCAUGGGCUCCCCGGUCAUCAACGGCACCAACGGCCCUACCUCCUCCUCCCCCGUGCCUCCCGAGGCAAGUGGAGAUCUGCGUAAGGAGCCCAUGAACAUCUACAACCUGAACACCAUCAUCAGGGACCAGAUCAAACACCUGCAGAGGGCCGUGGACCGCUCCCUCCAGCUGUCUCGACAGAGGGCAGCCGCCCGGGAGCUGGCCCCCUUGUUCGACAAGGACAAGGAGGCCUGCAUGGAGGAGAAAUCCUCACAGCUCAAGUCCCUCCUCAGCACCAAGAGGGAGCAAAUUGCCACGCUAACUGGUGCUCAAAGCAACAAACAGACUGCAGAGGUGGCACUGGCUAAUCUAAAGAGCAAGUAUGAGAAUGAGAAGUGCAUGGUGACAGAGACCAUGAUGAAGCUGCGGAACGAGCUGAAGGCCUGAAGGAGGGAAGCCGCCACCUUCUCCUCUCUCAGGGCCAUGUUCGCCACCAGGUGUGAUGAGUACGUGACUCAGUUGGAUGAGAUGCAGAGACAGCUGGCAGCGGCGGAGGAUGAGAAGAAAACCCUGAACUCCCUGCUCCGCAUGGCCAUCCAGCAGAAGCUGGCCUUGACCCAACGCCUGGAGGACCUGGAGUUUGACCACGAGCAGGCCAGGGACCGCGGCCGCGGCACAAAGGUGCCCAAGAUCAAGAGUAGCCCGCCCAAAGUAAGUCGACGAGCCGCUCUCACCGCUCCCCCCAGCCCUACCAUGAUACACAGCCCUUCCUCCACCAGCUCCCACCCCUUCAACACCUCCCUGACCCUCUGCAGCCCUCCCUCCCUGGAGCUGCCCCUGUCCUCCAACCCCUGGUCGGCCUCAGACAGAGGCUCAUCCCAGUUCUCUUCCUUGCCUCCCCUGGGUGACCCCCAAUGGUCCCUAGGCACUCAGACCUUCAUUAUUGACCCAGAGUCGCUGAGUUUAGAGUUCUGUCGACUCGUUAACAGUCGAGACUCUGGUCUGCACUCUCCUAGCUCUGCCCCUGCGUCUCCCUACCGCUCACCCAUUCCCAAGACUUGGCAACACUUGUCGCCGGGGUCGGUGAGAACUCGUACCCAAAAAGACGCUCCUCGCCCCUCUGCUCUGGCCACAUCUCCCAGCAACCCUGUCCCUCGCUCCUACAGUUCCCAGAUGCCCCAGCCCUGAGUCCGGGGGGGUGGGUUGGAAACAGAGAGGAGGACAGACUGGUUUCCUGUUUCCUGUGUCUGGCUUGACCUAUGCCUAUGCAGUACUGUGACACUCUUCUCAGGGAUUGGCUAUGAGAAGGAGCCCAACAGAGCUUGUUCCAUCUGCAGACAAUACUCAACAGUCUGUUUGUAGUUUUGGGCUCAUAAGGUACAACAGUUGCUAUUGUCCAUUUCUGUAAAUAAAGGGAUUUAGAGAAUAAAUUAAAUAUACUGUAUGUGAGAAAUAUACUAGGAAAUGUGAAGUUCUAAUGAAAAAUAAUGUUGAAUUUUAGUGUACGAGGAUGUGGUGUGUUUAAUGAGCUAAGAUAGUGUGAGGGGAUACUUGUACAUUUUGGAGAUAUUUUAUGCGCUAUAACACAAUGUUGUAUUUCCCAACCUUGGCACAUACUUCUCAUAUCACACAACCUAAUUAUUUUCCCAAUGCCUAUUAACAUUCUUAGGCAAUUGAUUUUCCCUGUUGUAUUCAAUGCAUAUGAUCAAAGUCUCUUUGUAAUCAAUACAUGCGUUGCUUUUUCCAACCAUCUAUAGACUGUGCGCAGAGCUACCAUGUGUACUGUGAGCCUCAUUGACCCAUGGUGCCACUCAGUGGCUGAUUUACACAGUUACAGCUGAAACACAUUGAUAGCCAUUGGAAUUCCUCAGUCUGUCCCAGUAGAGGCUGGUGGGAGGAGCUACAGGAGGACGGGCUCAUUGUAAUGUCUGGAAUGGAACUG